AUGACGACCUCCAGGAAUAAUACCGGGUUUCCGAGCUUUACUGAGCUACCAGAAUUGAUAUAUAAACACUGGAAACUCUUUCUGGAGUUUGCAAACGGGAACAAGGCCCUACUGAUCAAAACGUAUAUUUUGGUACCUCUGGGUGCCAUCAUAGCUCUAUGUAUACUAUAUGGUGUCGAUAGGUUUAUAAGAAAUGUGAUUCAGGUCACAUUUCCAGCUAGUGUUGCCGUUAUGCUGAUCAACUUUGGGUUUAUGUGCACACUGAGCGCAUGGCGCAGACCCUAUGCCGACAUCUACAUGAAGGUUAUAGAUGUCCCGCUGAGCUGGAGUCUCAGAUGGAUGAACCUCUUUUUCACUCCGGCCUUUGUGGUUUUGCCAUUGAGCCCCUGGAUAACAUGGCAAGAAGCAUUGCUAAUUGUCGCGGUGUUCGUCAUUGGAUAUGCGGUGUCGUUUGUGCUUUUAGCCUACAUCACCAUUUUAUGCCAAAAGCUCACUGGGAGUCGUAAAUUCAUCAGCAUCUUUGUGAGACAAGAAGAAAUCGACAAUGGGAUGGAGGCCGGCUCAACUUUCACUCGUCCCACAAGAACCCACCGAAGGUCUUCCAGCACAGGAACAGGAACUGGCUUUCCUGAAAAAAACGAGGUGAACUACGAAUCUGACGCUGGAUUGUCUGAUAUUGCAAGCAAUACAAACAUCUCUGCGCAUAGACGGGUCAGCAGUCUUCCCAAAGAUACUCAAGAUCACAUAUCGCUAUCGUUCAUGGGAUCCACAGGCGCGAUCGACCCACUCCCAGGUCUGGAAACCGAUGCUCUCUUGACAAUCGACAGUGAGACUUCAGGCCCAGUAAGACGAAAUCAUAUCCAGACUCCGGAACCCACUUAUUUUGGCAUCAUUACAAACAACUCGCAAACCGCUUCAAUGCAUCAAAGCGAGCCUGCUAUAUGCAAGCGAGCUCUCACGAACCAGGAAAUAUCGAGUUUUUCCGAGGAUUUUGACAAAUUAUUUGUCUUCAACAUGUGGCAGGACCACUUGCAUCAUAUUCUUUAUGGUCUUGGCUUUAUUGCGAGUAUUUUCACUUAUUAUUUCACUUGGUACACCAUGCCAUUCCAGUUUUUUACCGCGGUCGUCACAUUCAUGUUUGUGGUAGACAAUCCGUUUGUUAAAAACCCGAGGUACAAGAAGCUGCUACAUCCAGUCAUCUGUUCUGUGGCCCUGUCAUGGAUCGUGUUCCUAGUGUCAGUUAUGAUCAAGCACCAAGCGGUGAAAUAUUUCCUGACCGACUUGAGAAGUUACAAAACGGGAAGAACCUACUUGAGGCUAUUCGACAAUGAUUCGUUUCCAGGCCACACAUGGCCCGGAGCAGGUGACGUUUUCAGCACCUGUAUGGAUAUUUCAAUUGUGGGUUUGUCAUUACCCAUGUACACACACCGUUACGAUUUGCGUCGUCAUUUCCUUAGCAUGAUGCCUCCAAUCUUCUUAUUUUGCGCUGGUUCGCUAAUACUUUACCCGAUAAUCUGUCAUCACAUCGGCAUGUCAAGCGAUAUGUCCAUUGGAUUUGUCGGACGAAGCAUUACUUUGGCGUUGGGUACGCCCACUGUCGAAAAUUUAGAUGGUUCUGUCACACUCAUGGCCGUCACUACUGUUGUCAGUGGUAUCGUGGGCGUUUUGAUGGGUGGUCCAUUUUUGGACUUGUUACGAGUUCCGGAGAAUGACUACGUCACGCGGGGACUUACUCUAGGAUGCAGUUCCAGUGCAAUCACCACUGCAUAUCUCCUAGGUGUUGACAGACGCGCUGCAGCCAUCAGUACCUUGUCGUUCUCGCUCUUCGGGGCCUUCAUGGUCGUCCUGAGUGCUGUCACUAAAGUCAAGGAUUUUGUCCACACGCUAGCAAACAGCUAG